AUGGCCACAUUCUUCUCCACUUCUACGAAUCAGAGGGACCUCGCCGGAGGCGGCGGCGACAUGUCGUUCCACCACUACACGUACUCGGAUUCACCAGCCGGCGGCCUCGUGCCUUUCCCCGCCGCCAUCGUGUCGGAAGGCCACGUUGCGCAUGGCCAUGGCGGUGACGACGGCAGGGACGAGCCGGGCGCGUUCGUGAACGUGAACGCGAGGGACGGGCCGGCGAGCGGCGCCGAGAUGGGCCUGCAGACGCAGCUGCUCAUGGCGAACGCGUCGGCGGCGGUGCAGCACCAGGGGCUGUCGCUUAGCCUUGGCACGCAGGGAGUGCCGGUGUCUCUUUACCAGUACCGGCAGGCGCAGGCAGGCAUGGCCGCCGCCGCCUCCUUGCUGAGCCCGAACCAGGCGUCGACGACGGCGAACAGGAACGCGCAGGGCAUCUACAUUCAGAACUCCAGGUACCUCAAGGCCGCGAGGGAGCUGCUGGACGAGGUGGUCAAUGUCCGGGACGCGAUCAAACGCAAGGGAGACAAGAACCAGCAGGGCAAGGAUUCCGGCGGCGAGGGCAAGGACGCCGAGACGAGCGACGACAAGGCCGACGAGCACGAGGGGAACUCCUCCGCGGACCUUCAGAACAGAGUGUCGGCACUGAUGGCGCUGCUGGAUCAGGUGGACCGCAAGUACAGGCACUACCACCACCAGAUGCAGAUCGUGAUGUCGUCCUUCGACGCGGUGCAGUCGCUGCGGCGGAGCCUGGGCGAGAAGGACACCUCGGCGCAGGGCGGUGGGCUGUCCCGGCUGCGCUACAUCGACCAGCAGCUGCGGCAGCAGCGCGCCAUGCAGCAGUUCGGCAUGAUGCAGCAGCCGCAGCACGCCUGGCGCCCCCAGCGUGGUCUCCCGGAGUCCGCCGUCUCCGUGCUCCGCGCCUGGCUCUUCGAGCAUUUCCUCCACCCGUACCCGAAAGAUUCAGAGAAGCUGAUGCUCGCUAGGCAGACAGGCUUGUCUAGGGGUCAGGUGUCCAACUGGUUCAUCAACGCGCGCGUUCGUCUGUGGAAGCCGAUGAUCGAGGAGAUGUACAAGGAGGAAUUCGGGGCGGAGAUGGACUCGCACUCAUCGUCGGAGAACGCGCAGGGCAACAAGGGCAAGGCGGACGAGGCGAUAUCCUCGGAGGACCACGAGGAGUUCCAGAGCCCGUCGAGCGCCGCAAACGCAAAGCACGGCGCCGCAGCAGCAGGCCACCACCUCAGCGCGUUCAAGUCGGAGGCAAUCGGUGGCAUGGACGCCGCCGGCGUCGGCGUCGGCCUGUCCAGCCUCGACGGCGCCAUCGGCCCGUACGCUACCAGCCUCAACCUCGGCGCUGCUGUCGGCAACGGCGGCGGCGGCCUGCAGGAGGCCUUCGCGCACCACCACGGCGGCGGCGACGCGAGGUUCGUGCAGGCGUACGGCGACAUGGCCGGCCUCGGCGGCUACGACGGCGGCAGCGUGUCGCUGACGCUGGGCCUGCAGCACUGCAACGACGCCGGCGCCGUGCCCGCCGAGCAGCAGGGCCUCCUGUACGGCAACGACGGCGACUUCGAGUUCAUCAACGGCUCCGCCGAGGACAGGCAGCGGUUCGGCUCGUCGCAGCUGCUGCACGAUUUUGUCGCGUGA